GCCAGCUGGAGGGCUUCAGCACAGCCCAAGCAACCUCUCGCCAAACAGCUGAAGCACUACUGAGAACCCUGGGUGCAGUUUCAAAUCAUGAAACGCCACUUCAAGGACCACACAGGAGAGAAGUCACCACCAGAUGGGGCCACUCUCAGCUUGGUCAGCCCAGAAUCUACUGAUGAAAGUGUGGAACUGUGUUGGCCAGGGGCCGUGAAGAGGGAGGAGUCCCCUCCUCAGCUGGAUCCUGAUGUUCCCCACAAGGAGGACCUCUAUUUCUCCUCCAGGGGUCCGGGGGUGCUGAGCUGGAGAAGCUCCCCCUCAUCCCAGUCCUCCUCUGAAUACCAGUCCUAUUCCCAAUACAAGUCUUGCUACUCAAGCAUGUGCAACCAGGAGGACGGGGCCCAGCAGAGCGUGUGUGCCUUCUAUACUCAUGUGCAAACUGUGCGAGGCGUGGCUGUGGCCUGGGAGACCGAGGCUGGCUUUGAGCCAGUCAGCAGGAAACCUCGCAUUCAUGAAGCCGAAUUCAUCAAGAGGCAGAGGCAGAAAGGAUCCUCCUUUGAGAUGGCUUCCAACACUGACCUGCGCUGGGACUUGGAAGCCAGCAAGAACUGCUGCCCGGAGCCAGAUGACUCCGAGCUGCUGGGGCCAUUAGAUGGUUGCCUGCAGGAGCUGCGGGAACCCCCAGAGUGGCUGGUCACCACAAACUAUGGGCUGCGCUGUGUGGCCUGCUGCCGUGUCUUCCCCACCCUGGAGGUGCUGCUGGAGCACGCCCAAUAUGGCAUCAGAGAGGGCUUCAGCUGCCAGAUAUUUUUUGAGGAGAUGCUGGAGAGAAGACGGGCCCGGGAUCAAGGCCAGGACAACCAGGGGGAUGGGGAGGGGGAGGGGGAGGAACGGGACCCUUCAGACAGCAGUGAAUGUUCUAGGCCCCACAACCCGAUGUCUCCGCCACAGCAGAAGAAGCAGUAA